GAGCGAUCAAGCGAAUACGGUGGCGUUAUAUCAUCGUUACAAGUCAAUACACAUUUCCUUCAGAUACGAAUUCCAAGCUUCGAGUCCUUAAAUGUACUUACUUCUCUUCUUAACCGCCAGAACUGACAGUGUUGAGGAAGGUGGAUUCAGUACUAACAGUAUAUACAGGAAGCAUCUAGAAGAAAAUAUUUAUUUUCGCGAGUAUACUGCCAAUGCUUGACCGCAGAGAAGUCUUCGAUCUUAUAUCCUAAAAAGUGCCCUAUAUCUUCUUUUAUAUAUAUUAUAUAUAUAUUUAUUUCAUUAUGAGCAGUUUAGUUGCAUUGUCAGAUAUAAGUACGAAAACGUUUUCAGUGACACACAGCAAAGGAGUCGCACUUAUGAUACCCGCAAAUUAUUUCCAUAAUAAUACUAAACAUGACUGGUCUCUCUGGGACCCUUUAUAUCAACGGGAGCAAUGCCAUGAAAUUCACGUAAACGAGGCGUCACGGUAUUCUCAGUUGCAAAGAUGUUUCGACGCCUCUCAAGAAGCCAUUUGGAAGGGCGACGUUUGCAACACCGUCGGAAAACAAAUGACUGUGCGAGAGAUUUCGAUCGGCGACGGAGAGUACCACGGGUAUCAGUUGUAUGACAGCCCGCUGUCGAGUGACGCAGGGAGUUUCAUCGAAAAUUCGGAACUGAAAGUCGAAAGUAACUCGAAAAUAAACGGCAGCAAAACCGAGACGAUUUCAGAAUCAGAGGGACAGACUGUUCGAAAGGAAGCGUCUACGAGCUCAGCCUCUCCAUUUUUGGCAAAAAACAUUCACGACGGCCUCCUGUGCUGCACGAACGGCUUUUUCGCGUUUACGAACGGACUCUUCAGCGAGUUCGAAGGCAACUGUUCCUGUACGACGCGCUCGCUCGUCGAUUGGCAGACCCGAGUUUCGUGGACAAACCCCGUCUUAAGGCACCACGUCAAAGUCAACGAAGCGACUUAUCGAAGUCCUUUCCGAUGUGAAGACACUAAACGAUUAACUCCAUUUAGCAUCUCGCGUCUGUUACCGGUAGAUGGUGUUCAUUACUUGGAUAGGUACAAGCCUCCCAGAUUACUGAGUAAAACCAAUUACAGUGAGAGUCACGUCAAGGAGUCUGCAGUUAAUGAAACCAAUCCCGUUGCGAAAUACUCUGAAGUAAAUGCCUUGCAUGUAUUUUGUUUGCAUACGGGUUGCGGAAGAACGUUUUAUAGAAACGAGGAACUGGCGAGACACACCAGAAUUCAUACCGGACAAAAACCUUUUCUUUGUCAGCUCUGUGGCCGCGGUUUCGUAAGGCGAGACCACUUAGCCAAGCAUCAGAGAACCCACUUACCAGCGCAUGCUAAACGAACUUAUUGUUGUCCUCUACCUGCGUGUGUUCACAGUUACACUCGAUCCGACGCCUUAACACGCCACAUGUGGACAGCACAUCAAAUCAGGGCCCGCCAGCCUUCUCGUCCCCGAACCAGAAGCUUGAUCUCACAGAAACCGAAGAAUUUACUGCCGAAAUCAGAGGCUGCUUUAGGGGUCAAGAUGGACAGCGCUUCAGCCGGACCUGCUCUUGUUUCGUUGCCGCAAAAAACUAGAAGAAGAGGCGAAGAUUACGCUGUCGAUGGGUUAUGUUGUGAGGAGACCGCUACUGAGGCACCUUUGAAUUUAUCCUCUUCCCUGAGGCGACUGACAGAGACCCAUUUGUCUAUAAACUAUGGCCUCAGUGAGACACGGCUACCUGCACCUACUCUUGAGUUGGUCACAAGCAGAAAUACAGCGUUUAGAGUAAUUAAGAAUUCAAGAAGGCGGUUGUGCUAAGCAAACUGACUAGCUGAAUUAACGUUUCUAAAUUUACUGGUGCGAGUAACAUGAAGAUUUAUUUUUUCAUGAGAAGAAAGAGUUCAGGCGUUUUCGUAAAUAAAGAUCUGUGCGUUCAGA